CAUUAAAUCAAAACAAAUGAUGGAGAACAAGAGGAUGAUGAAUUCAAAAUUCCUGAAGAUAUCAUCCAGUAUGAAUUAUAAUUUUACAGUUGGGUUUGCCACAGUUUUUCUUUGUGCAAUAAUAGUAGUUUGGCUGAAAAAAGAUAGAAGUGAUAGGCAUAGACUCCCUCCAGGACCCAGAGCGUUACCCAUACUAGGCCAUUUUCAUCUCCUUAUAGACAAAGAAAAGCCCUUUCAUAGAAUUCUUGAUUCACUCUCAAAAGUUUAUGGACCCAUUAUGCACCUCAAAUUUGGUAGCCGCCCAGUUUUGAUUAUCAGUUCAUUAGAGCUAGCCAAAAAAUGUUUUACAGUAAAUGAUUUAUCUUUUGCUUCUAGGCCUCGUCUUACUCAGGGAAAGCAUCUGGGUUAUAAUUAUAUGCUUGUGGGGUGGGCUCCUUAUGGCUCCUAUUGGAGAAAUGUUAGAAAAAUUUGUGCUCUUGAGCUUCUUUCUUCUAAGCAGAUCCAAACAUACCGACUCAAGAGAAUGAGGCAAAUUCGCAAAACUCUGAAUAUUCUAUUUCAACAUGCUCAGAUGAAAACCACAGUUAAUAUGAGAACUGUUUUGUCCCAGAUGACUUUGAAUGUUCUGAUGAGCAUGAUAAUGGGUGAUCGGUAUUUUGGAGAGGAAGAGGGUUUAUCAUAUGCAGAAAUUGCAUAUCUGGUUGAAGAGUCUCUUGUGCUCCAUGGGAUUGUCAAUACUGGGGAUUAUAUUCCCUGGUUGAAAUGGCUUGAUUUGCAAGGGUACGAGAGGGCAAUGAAGAAGGUGCAGGGGAAAAUCAAUCCUUACAUGCAGAAAAUAGUGGAGAAGCACCGAGAAAAUGCACCAGAAGAGAAGGAAGACAUGGACUUCAUAGAUGUGCUCAUCUUGCAGGCUGAGGAGAACAGUGAAGCGAUCCCUGACAAAGAUACCUUCAUCAAAGCCACUGCUCUGAAUAUAUUAAGUGCAGGUUCAGAUACUUCUUCACUUGCCUUAGAAUGGGCAUUGUCACUAUUAAUAUUGCAUCCCAAUAUAAUGAAGAUGGCCCAGGAGGAGCUUGAUUCCAAAAUUGGAAAAAAUAGAUUAGUAGAAGAGUCAGAUAUACCAAAAUUAAAAUACUUGCAAGCAAUAGUCAAGGAAACAUUGCGUCUUUUCCCACCCACGCCUUUACUUGUACCACAUGAAUCUAUUAAAGCAUGCACAAUUGGAGGCUUCCAUAUUCCAGCAGGAACAGUACUAAUUGUAAAUGCAUGGGCAAUUCAUAGAGACUCAAGAAUUUGGAAUCAACCACUAGAGUUUAUACCGGAACAUUUAUUGAAAAAAAAUAUAGAAAUAGAGAGCAUACAAAGUUUAGGGAAUGAAUUUGAGAUGUUUCCUUUUGGGGUAGGAAGGAGGGGAUGUCCCGGUUCCUCUUUGGCAACAUGCCUAGUGCAUAUAACUCUUGCAAGGUUGUUACAAAGCUUUGAUUGGUUUCUUCCUGAUGAUAAAACCCUUGAUACAAAGGAAGGAGUUGGUAUGACAAUGCCAAAACUAGUACCUUUGGAGGUUGUUAUUAAAGCACGUCUUCCCUCUCAUGUUUACUCAAAUUCUAUUUGAGUAAUAAGCUUAAAUGUUGAAUCUUUCAAUUUAUUUGUGGAGUUCAAUAUAUA